AUGUCGGACCGCGAUCCGCUCGUGCUGUCCUACUCGCACCUCCAGCACCUGCCGCGCCACCAGGAGGCCCUGCACAGCCUCAAGAGGCUGGCGUCGCUGGUCAAGCCCAUCAUGAGGGCCAGGGGGUGGAAGGUCGGCCAGCUCGCCGAGUUCUACCCGGACCAGCGGGAGCUACUUGGCCUCAACGUCAACCGCGGCCAAAAAAUCCUGGUCCGGCUGCGGUACCCAAACGACGCGACGCUGUUCCUGCCCUUUGAGCAGGUGGCGGACACGAUGCUGCACGAACUCAGCCACAUCGUCCACGGCCCGCACGACGCAAAGUUCCACGCGCUGUGGGACCAGCUGCGCGACGAGCACGAGGGCCUGCUGCUCAAGGGCUACACGGGCGAGGGCUUCCUGUCCGAGGGCCAGCGGCUCGGCGGCGGCCACGGCGGCCAGCUACCGCCCCACGAGGCGCGCCGCCUGGCCCGCGCCGCGGCCGAGAAGCGCCGCCUGGGCAUCGGCGAGGCCGAGGCGGGGCGCAUCGCCGACGACGCGGCGCGGCAGGGCGCCAUGACGCGCGCCGAAGAGGACGCGGCCAACGAUGCGGCCAUCGCGCAGGCGCUGUGGGAGCUGGGGCAGGAGGACGAGCAGAGGCGGCUCGGCGCCGGCUACGUGCCGCCCACGGCCGAGAACCCGACGGGCAGCGGCGGCAGGGCGGCGCUGCUGGGGGCGGGGUGGGAGGACGACCAGUGGGCCUGCGACGUCUGCACACUGCUCAACCCGGCCAACUACCUGUGCUGCGACGCGUGCGGCGUCGAGCGGAGCGGCGAGGCCGACAGGGACCUCUCUGCGAUGGCGGCUAAGCGUCGCAGGGUGCAGCAUGACGGCAGCGGCGGCGCGCCGGAGGUGGUGGACCUCACGCAGGACAGCUCACCCCGGGCUCCUAAACCACCUGCCGCUGCCGCUGCCGCUGCCGCGAGCCGACUAACUGCUUCGGGCCCAGGCCCGGCAUCGAGCCAUCCGGCCAGGCCCCGGCCGGCGACAUGGAACUGCUCCCUUUGCGGCACGCGCAUGGAGCACAAGUGGUGGACGUGCUCGACCUGCGGCAAUAUGAAGGACAGCUCCUGAAGAGGGGGUGUUCCGGGGGGGGGCGGGCAAUGACAUGACAUGACAGGCAUGACCAACACACACACUUACAACAUAGCCACGGCGAAAUGGGAUGAAACGGCGUUUUUUUAUUUUAUUUUUAUUUCCUAACAUUUCUUUUUGGCUUUCCCCCCCCCUCUUUAUACUUUUCGUCCCGUUUUAUAUCAGAUAGCCGAUUCGGAGCUGACCCAACGGCAGGCCGCCAAUUGCGUCUUGCACUUCUGCCCUCCCCACACUUGCCUUGUCUGUCUGUCGAUGGCUUUUUCCCGAGACCCGUCUAGCCCUUCGCGGCCUACUUGUCGCACUAUCUAAAUAGGGCCUGUUCCGGCACUUGCCAAAUUAUUUGACCAUCUUGGUACCACUAACCGCGCGCUGUGGGGACGAGCGAAGAGGGUCCUUUUUAUUUUCAUCUUUUUUAUCUCCUGAUAUUUCUUGUUUGUCUUUGGGGCAGUGAGAGUGAGGCGUGCUA